AUGCUGCAGGAGGAUAGGUCCACCUACCAACUGUUGUUCGACUCGUGCUGUGAACAGGGUGCUCCUUCAUCGGAAUCUGUUCGAUUCUGGUUCGAUUUCCUCGACUAUAUGAUGCGAGUAAUCGAAGACGAUCGAACUGUAUAUGGACCAAGUCUGAAUCAGUUCCCACAAGAGCUUAAUGUUGGCAAUUUAUCGGCCGGAACACUUUGGACAUUAUACAAAAUGGACCUGAAAAUGGCGCUGGAAGAGCAUGCGACAACCAAGAAAUGUCCAACACCAGAGUACAUGAAUUUGUACUUUAAAGUAAAAGGGUUCUACUUCAAAUAUGUGUCCGAGUUACCACAGUACAAACAAUCGAUACCAGAAUUUCCAGCGUGA